AUGCGCCACCCACCUUUGGAUCCCUCCGCCCGCUCGCGCCCUUGCUCCCUCUCCGCCUGUGGGGCCGCGCCCCUCGCGCUGCUCCGCGACGACGCGGGCUCGUCCAAGUGGCGGGCGACCGGCGGCGGCGGCACCAGCGUCGUUGCGAGGGGGCCGCGAGUGGCGGGCGACCCUUUGGUACCAUCCCGUGGGGAGGGCCAGGGACAAGCUGCUCCGAUCCGGCGGGGAUUCCCACCAUCUGCUGUUCGACCACCUGCUCUGGAUGCUCGACAACGCCGUCGACCUCCGCGCCGGCACCGGCGGCGAGGACGACGCCACGUGCUAGCCCAGUUACAGCUGGCAGAGGCCAUCAGGAGGAAGAAGCCACCUGGCGACGUCGUCCGGAUCGUGAGCACCAGGAGCAAGCCGCAGCUCGCCGCCACGUUCCGGUGCUACAAGGAACAACAUGGCAGCGACAUCGAAGAGGACAUGAAGCAGUACAACAGCAGCCAGUUUGCAAGGAUGCUCAAGAUUGCUGUCUGGUGCCUCACAUCUCCUGAAAAGCACUUUUCAGAGGUACGCCACGGCACGCAGAUCAACCUCACCCUGCGCGCCCGCUGGUGGCUGCACUGCAUCACGCGCAGCCGCGAGUGCGACGCCAGGCUCGUUGUGCCCAUGGGGGACCAUACUUGGGUGUGCAGUACGUCCGGAGGUGCCACGGAUAUGGAGCCUGAUGUUGCUGCUGAAGAGCAGAGCGAUCAAGCUCCCCCAAAGGGACAUCUAGAGGGCCUUACUCAUCAGGCUAUUGUCCUUGUUGGGUAG